GACGUGAACUUUCCGUGACAGUGUGCGGUAAGAGAUCAGGAGCAGCGGCCGGCGUUCGCUCGUCACUCGUCACCCCGAACACGAGCAGUUCCGAGUCGGCGAGCGGCCCGCUCUAUCGUGUUCUACCAAUGUUGGUACCAGUGAUCGGGACUCGACCUGGAACCAGGUCGCCUAUCCGUAUGAAUAUAUCAAAUAAACAAUCGGCAAUUAUAUAUUUGGCUCUGCGUGCAACAGGCAACUUAUCAGUGGAGUAGUUUUUGUGAUAUAUCCUGUUUGGAGAGAUAAACGUAUCGGCAAUAUAACUUGGCUGUGUGUGUGUGUGUAGUUGUUGGAUGACUCUGUCGUGAUUCUGUUCUCAUUUUGUGACAAAAAUAUUUGUCCUUUAAAACUUGUUAUAAAAGUAUGGUGGUAAUUCUUUAUGGAUGCUGAGGGUGGGCUAGUCUUGUGGAAGGGCGGGCUCUGGGAGAGCGACGCGCCUCCUAACAGCUGCAGCACCUGUAACAAACGGCGGUCUGACGACAUGAGUGGGAGACCUCAGGGUGAACUCAAGAAAUUAUCAGAGGAGAGUCUCACUCGGCAGCCUGAGGAAGUGUUUGACAUCAUCUGUAAACUUGGCGAAGGUUCCUAUGGCAGCGUUUACAAGGCGUUACACAAAGAGAGCGGGCAGGUGCUCGCCAUCAAGCAGGUGCCGGUGGACACCGACCUGCAGGAGAUCAUCAAGGAGAUAUCCAUCAUGCAGCAGUGUGACAGCCCGUACGUGGUCAAAUACUACGGGAGCUACUUUAAGAAUACAGAUCUAUGGAUCGUAAUGGAGUACUGCGGGGCUGGAUCAGUGUCCGACAUCAUGAGAUUGCGGAAGAAGACGCUGUCCGAGGAUGAGAUAGCGACGAUACUGUGUGACACGCUCAAGGGGCUGGAGUACUUGCACCGACGGAGAAAAAUACACAGAGACAUCAAGGCGGGCAACAUUCUGCUGAACACCGAGGGACACGCCAAACUGGCGGACUUUGGAGUUGCGGGGCAGUUGACGGACACAAUGGCCAAGCGUAACACAGUGAUAGGGACGCCGUUCUGGAUGGCUCCCGAGGUCAUCCAAGAGAUAGGCUACGACUGCGUGGCUGACAUCUGGUCGCUGGGUAUCACCGCACUGGAGAUGGCGGAAGGCAAGCCGCCCUACGGAGACAUACACCCCAUGAGGGCGAUAUUUAUGAUACCGACCAAACCACCGCCUUCCUUCAGAGAGCCGGAUAAAUGGUCACCAGAGUUCAUAGACUUCGUGAGCCAAUGUCUCAUUAAGACCCCUGAGGAGCGAGCGACUGCGGAGUUUCUAUUGACACACGACUUUAUUGGUAACGCCAAGCAGGCCACCAUACUGAGCACCAUGAUCGCGGAGGCGCGCGAGAUCCGCGAGAGUCAACACUUCCGCAUCGCCACGCGCAAUAAGACGUACGCACACUCGCACCCCGCACGCCCGAGUGGCGAGAGGGAGGUUGUAGAGGAGGGCGCGACGGAGGAGCUGGAAUGCGGCACCAUGAAGGCGGCGGGAGGCACGCUGGUGGCGGGCGAGGUAGCGGCCGGCCUGGCCACCAUGGUCAUCAACGAGACCGACAUGAACACCAUGCGGCGACAUGACACAGACCCAAUGGACACCAACAAACCAAAAUACCGUCCGUUAUUCCUAGAGCACUUCGAUAAGAAAGAAGUGAAUCACCUGAACAUAGGCGGAACACCCAACGGUACUCUCACCAAUAGAAACCGACGUGUCGACGAUGAGACAGAUCUGAGCGGCGAGGGUGGCGAAGGAGGUGACGGUGUGGCCCUGGGCGUGGGCGGCAGCGUGGGCGCCAUGAUUGAGGAGGGGAACUUCGAAUUCGUAAGUCAACUGCACAUCGUCCUACUGCUACCGCUCGACGCGACCGCUGACGACGCGCUCGACACGCGCGCCCCUGUCGUACCUUCCCGAGCGCGAGCUAGAGGCGCUCCAGAGCCGGCUGGAUGUGGAGAUGGAGGCCGAGAUAGAGCGACUGCACGCGCUCUACGACCGUAAGCGACGCCCCAUCCUCGACGCCAUCUCGCUCAAGCGCAAGCGGCAGCAGAACUUCUAGCGCGCGGCGGACCGCACCAUUGACGGUGUUAUUACAAACAAAUAAUGGACGUUAUUACAAAACAGUGUUUGGCUUGUGUUUGACUAAAACGUCGUUAAACACGACAUAAACUGAAGUGUACACGAACAAUUAAAAGAACAGAACGCAAUUUUUGUCAGCCGUCAUCUAUCUGUCAUCAUAUAAUCUAACAGCCGUUCCCAAUAUAAUACUACCUUCUACUGUCAGUAAUUAGCUGUCAAUAAUCUGAAGCUGUCGCAAUAUACCCGAUAAGUAUUCUUAUCGCCUUAUAUUGGGACGCGUAAAUUGCAAUUUCCAUACGUUGCUGUACGUCGUCCCAUUGACAGACCGCGUGCACAGAUAAGUUGAGUUACCGUCGAUAAGUUUAUUGGGACAGAAAAGUCAACGAUAGUUACGAUUUUUAUCUCAAGUAAGAGAUAGACUGAAUAUUGGGAACGGCCGUAAAUCUUCCUUGAAUAUAAUCAUUUGUUAGAAACACCUUAGACAAGGUUCGACUCUUGUUUAUAUAUAAGCAAUGUCAAAAGAUUGUUGAACGCUAAACAACAGACAGACACAGAUUUGUAAUAGAACUUUUUUAAAACAAGUGUUCAACACAUGUUUUACUUUUUUGUAAUAACACAUUAACAGUCUGUCAUUAAUGUAAUACUUUAUCAAAAAAAAAAAAAAUUAAAUGAAUUUCUAAUUAGACGUCCGCCUGGUGUGGACACCUCUACUAGUACAAAUGAAACUAAAUGUACAAUAUAUUUAUCUGAUAUAUUUUUUAAUUAAUACAGUAUUUUUCCAACUUCCCAUGAUUUAUUUUGCAAUAUUUAAAUGAAAUACGAUCAAUUUUGUUCAUUUGUAUCGCUAAUGCCUAAUGUAGUGUAUAAAAUAUAAUUAAUUAGAGGUGCUUGGCAAUGUGAAGGAAAAUGUCGAUGUUCGCGUUGAAACUAAAUUGGGCCAAAUUUUUGUAACGUUUUGUAGAAAAUGCAUUUAAAUGUCUCAAACCUGUGUGGAGGGUUAUCUCUUAGUAUUAGAAUAGGCUUUAAGUUGUUAUAAUGUAUACUUGUUUGAUAGACCUACUGAGACAUAUCUCCUAAAAUAUAUAAACUUUUGUAUACAGAUGUCCAUCAUGAAACGCAAAAGUGUUGGAAUAGAUUAUGUAUUAGAUAUAAUAAUAUGGCCUAGUUUUUCCAACUUGUUAAACUCGUGGUAACUUGCGUUAUAAAUUUUAAUUUUGAUAUAGUCACGCAAAUGUCCGCUAGGUGGCACUGUUUCCUGUAGUCAUAGAUAGUACUAUAACAGUUUGUUGUCAAGAUACUAACUAUAAGUAUAUCAUAUUAGAUUAAGGAUUGAUCUCCGCUGCGCUUCAACUAGAUACCCCCAAUUUAUAACAAUAGCUUUCUUAUUACGGCAACUUUAUAUCGUUGUGUGUAUUGGCUCUUUGUAAAGAUGCUUGUUCCGUGCCAUCUUGACACUCAAUGGCAUCUUUCAAAUUUUGUAACAUACGCUUCGUGUUAUUUUAAAUUGAAAUUAAUAAAAAACAAAAUACUCACUGAUGAUAUCUGAUCCCAGUGUCUUUCUUAUUUCCUGUAGUAUUCUUUUUACAAAGUUGUACUACGCAACCCGCCAUUUUACUUUCAAUUAUUAGCAAAGUUUAACAGAACAUGUGGCACGUCAAAGUAACACAUUUUUCGAGACUGGCUCGAGUACACUUUGGCGUAGUAUUAGUUGCCGCACUUUGCAACUACGCCUGCGGUAUCUAGUUUGAGCGCAGCGGAGACCAAUCCUGAAUCUAAGUACAUCAUAUUUUAAUGAUAUUGGCACAUAGUAGGUAUUUAAAAUGAAGUCCACGUGUUUGUUUGUCACAAUGUGUGCUGGUAUUAAUAUUAUUUCAAACAGCACCAUCUGGCGGCCCGCCGAGGAGACAUACAUACAUUCAGAAGUCUGAAGAAACUGAGACUUGUGCACUAUUCCACAUGAACUGCAAUUACAUUAAAGUUGUUAUUUAUUAUUUCCUUAGAUCUCAUUCGAAAUGUCGCAAUGUACCACAGGGUAGUGUCAGUUAUGAGACAUAACAUUAUGGAACCAUCUAUAAAAUGUUAUUCAACAUGGUUUAACCUCCAAACUGGAAAAGGCUAUCAAGAGCAAAACACCGCGACUUUCGUUAUUGGCAUUACUCUAUGAUACUUAGUAUAGAUUAUAUUAUUACCUAUUUCAAUUAAAAAUUAACUUCGUAGUGGGUUGUGAAAAUCAUGAAUUUAUGAGAGAAUUGCUAAUACAAAAUAUAUGACAUCGAGGUAUAUAUAUUCACUAUAAUGUUACUAAUACACAUUCACGUUACAAUAGCUUGAGAUAUAUAGGAAUUCAUAAAUACAUGUUGUGUAUUGUUUUGAUUAUUCAGUUAUGUGGUGUGAUAUUCAAGUCAGAGAUAUCAGAGUCAAAUCAUUAUGAAAACCAAACAGUCAGUACUUUCAGAACAUUUUAAUAGAGUAUUUCACUCCUCUUAAUUCUUAAUUACCUUAAAAGUCGGUCUAAAGAAAUAAUUAUUGGUGACAUAAUAUUUACUGUGGGGUAGCCACAUGUACGGCAUAUUUGCAUUUCAAGUUUAAUGAUAAAAACUGAUUGAAAUAACGUUUGAUUACCACAAUCAUUUUAAAUAUUUUAUGCACAGAUGAUUGUUUCCAUUUUCAAACCUAAACAAACUGAUUGAGUCAUUAAAAUAUAAUGUAUCUGUAUGUAAGGAGUCAGUAUUGACCUGAUGUUUAGGUAAACAUGACAAUCGGAUAAUUGUAUCACAUAUGACAACAUAUGAAGACAUAAGUGUAACAACAGUAAAUUGAAGACUUUAAUAACUCCGGUACAGUUUUUGUCAUUGACAAACAUCACCUUGACCAGGAUGUUUAUUGUUAGUGUACAAGUUAUUAUUGUUAGUUUGUAGGAUUAUACAUCUAGAAGUGCCAUUAAGUGUAGACUAUACACAGUAUUUUGAUAAAUUUGUAAUUUUUAGAAAAAUUUCAACUUCUUUCUGCUUAAUAGUUUCUCAAACACUAAUAGUAUUAAUGUUUCUAAUGACGUAUGUUCCCAUUUCUGUAAAAUAAAUAAUAAAAUAUAUAUUUUAGUACUUGCUUAGAGAUUGGCCUAAUAUUGAAUAUUUAUUUUAUAUACCUAAUAUUUACAGGGUAGGUGACACAUAUUCGGCAAUCACUGAUGUUUCAAUAGGGUUUGUUAUAUUUAAACUCAUUCAAUUAAUGUUCAUACAUGCUUACUUUUAUUUUAAAGCAAAUAACCUAUGUGCGAUAUAUUGUUAUUGAUUUAAGAUUUAAUUGGUAUCACUUUUUCAUAUGUAUUUACAGUUUAGCAAUUUUGAUUUCAAUAAAUACAAAUAAUUAUUAAUGAUUCCACAUCACUAUAGAUAAAUACGGAGUUAUUGUUUGUUAAGUAGUUUGCAUUGUAUGUUAAUUGUUAAAUAAACAAUUUGAAAUGUUUGAACAAGACAACUAUUUCCUUUGGAAUCAUCUGCAAACAGUUGUCUUCUUCAUUUGACCUGGUUGACAUUGAUGUAUGCGCGUGUGGAUGGAGCAUUGUCACUGCCCACUGGACCACUCAUAGAAAUAUUUCAAUUUAAAAAUAAUUGGACUUUUUAAAGAUAAGCUGGAAAUCGCGCAUGUAAUAAACGUGACAAAUACUACAUAAGUAUUGCAUAUUUUUAAAUUAAUAUGCUCCAUACAUAAGUAACACUUUGUAUUGUGUGGUGUUGCCCUUAUUGUAUGUAUGUGGUGAGUGAGCCACGUGGCCAGACUCCGUCCACUUCGCACCUGUGUGGGUUCAGAUAUUAUAAUGUUGCACAUCUCCGUAGCUUGUUGCAGUGUUGGAUAGAUAUGCAGUAUAUUUUUGGACAAUCAACUCACUUAAUAAAGAGAAAUUAUUGAAAAGAAAAA